UCUGUGAGAUUAUCUUUUCAGACAAAUGAAGAGAAUGAUUCUGUCUUCAAAAAAUUUAUUUGUGAUCAAGAAACAAGAUCAGAAGUAGGCAGGAAAUUGUCUUCGUUGUUAAUUACACCAGUGCAAAGAGUACCAAGAUAUCAAUUACUUGUUAAACAAGUGUUACAACAUACUCCUUAUAGACAUAGAGAAUAUCGACAUUUACAGGCAUGUCUGGUUGAAAUUGAAAAAUCUGCGAAACACAUAAAUACUUUAAUCGCACAAAAUGAAGAAACACAAAAAUUAUUAAAUCUUCAGAAAUGCAUUGUUACUUCUAUUAACCUUGUCAAACCUGGUAGAAUGUUAAUCAAACAAGGACCAUUGAUGCGUGUUUCGAGACGAGGCAAUUCAACUUAUAGACGAUAUUUUGUUCUUUUAAAUGACACUCUGUUGUAUUGUAAAGGUGAACCAGAGACAUCGCUGAACAUAUCUUGCGUUCUACCAUUAAACAAGUGCAGUUUAACCUGUGUUCUGAGCAAAAAAUUGUUCCGUAUAACGUGUUUGCAUGAAACAUUCUUAUUGUACUCAGAAAAUGCGGAUAGUGCUGAAUGGAUACAAUCGAUACAAAAUGCUAUUAAAAAAUAUACUGAAUGUCGACAAACUUUGAGAAAAGAAAGUAGCUCGAGAAAGCCACUUAGACAUAAAAAUAUUAAUGAGUUUUCAUCAGAUGAUAUACCAAAAAAAUCUAUUAAAAGAAAAAGAUGUAUAAAAGAUGAACAGGUAUCGUUGGACACCUCCAAUAUAAUAUACUUUAAAAAGGAUAAUGAAAUGGAUGAGGAUACUCAAAGCAUUAAUAUUUGUUUACUUCUUACUACCAAAAGAUUUAAACAAAAUGAGUAUUCCAAACCUGGUCAUAUUUCUCCCCAAGUAAAAAAUACAAAACUGAAAUUAUGUAAAAAUAAAAAUACACAAUCUAUAUCUACUCCUAGAUGCUUAAAAAAAUCAAGUCACAACAAUUAUAAAACUCUUCCAAUGACAACGAUACAUGGAACAAGUUCAUGCUCCAUCACAUCGAACGACGAAGAACACACAUCGCCGUUCCAAAUAAUGAGUGAUUUUUUCUCAUUUAUCGGUACAACAAUAAAAGACUUUUUUACGUUCAAAUAAUCCAUAAAUUAUAAGAAAAUGUAUGUAAAAAAAGAGAACUUAUUUAUGUCAUAAUUUAUAA